GUCGUGCAGCGUGCAGCAUGUUGUAUCACCUGUUGCUGCAGACAGUAAAGACACAACAGUCAGCAGGUGUGUCAACAGGUCAGCCUCAACUCCUGCAGUAUUAUCUUUAUAAAGACGAGGAGAAGGCCGUCAACGACUUGUCACAGGCGGCGGGCGGAGGGUCGUUGUACGUCAUCGCUGAUGAAUUAGCGAGUGACAGGUUGGAGUCUUUCUGUAGCAAGCUGCUGACACAAGUUCCUCUUCUCCAUCUGUGGGCGGCAAGUUGUUUCCAUGAAAACGCACCCGCCGGCUGGCAAGUGGAAUAUUUAACCAGACCCCUCCGCUCUCCGCCGGCCGUCGUCAGGGAAGUCGAGCAGGACGAGAUGAUCACUACAGAUCGUGAUGUCCUGCCGUACAGCGGGCGAGGUGUGUCCGACCACACAGACGGCCCGCCAGUCAGACGACUGUAUCAUCACCGAGAUCAGGGUCACACAGGUGACUGGCCAGGUGACUGUGUGAUGUGCGGUCGGGAGGUGGCCAGCUUCUUAAAUAGUCUCCGUGUUGGUGUUACAGAGAGUGGCACAGCAACAUCUGGAACAGUAACCUCCAUUAGGGGCGACACAACACCCCGUCUACAGUGGAGAGACGUGCUGGUGUUGUACUGGAUUAAUGUACGUGACGACUCGGGUAUAGUGAAGGGACUGGAUGAAGAGGGUAUCCAACUGCGGGUUAUGAAGCAUGAUGGCAAUAAUAAGGAUGACAUCGAGGACGUGGCCACGGCCCGCAGUGACGUGGUGUGGGUGACGUAUGGACGUUGUGUUCGUGGUCUGGAGAGAAAAGUCGUCGUGUGUCUGCAGUCUUCUAAGUCGUACUUUCCUAGCUCUAUCCUACUUGACCUUAUGUCCUGCUGUACGUCACAACUUGUGAUUGUCUCCCCUGAUUAUGAUGAUGAUGAUGAUGAUGAUGAUGAUGAUGAUGAUGAAGAAUGAAGUUCGUCUGUGCUGGGUCGUGUUGGUUGGUAAUGUAAAAUUUUGUAUUAUAUUUUGUUAUAGAGUGUUGGUCAGCCCUAUCAUGCCCAGUUUGUGUGAGGUUGAUCCGCUGACAUUGAUAUCAGUCUGUAGAAGUCAGCACUCAAACACACACACAAACACAGGGCACUCUCUGUCUCUCUCUGUCUCUCUCUCUCCGGGAUGAGAAAAGGUCGAUGACUCUACAAUUCUAUGUACCAUGACAACUAUUCCCAGCCAUACUUAGCUUCUUUGGUAACAUCAGGACAAAGAAACGGAAUGAAAGAAGCAGGCGACAUGUCUGAGGGACUCUGUUUAUCAGACUUUUUUGUGUGCUUAAGUUAUUUCAUCAUAAUUUCAUUUAUUAUAUGAAUGAUGACAUCGCCCGCAUGACGUAUCUAUAAUAAUAAUAAUAAUGUGAAGUUAUAUAAUAACAUGCAGCAUUGCGACCAAGGUAGAUCGCACUCUGUGCGCAGACCAACGAUGAUAAAUAAAAGAUAACAGCCAGUGGACAGUGAGGUAUGUAUAGAAUCAAUGAACAACAUCAAGAUGAGGUACAAGAUAACAACCAGUAGACAGUGAGCUACUAUAGACACACUGAACAAC